AUGGAGACUGCAGAAAGAGUAGACUCUGACUUCGCAGCCAGAGAUGAGACGGAUAUGCAGAGUCUCUUCGACACCUGCUACGGCCUCGGUGAGUACCACAAGGUCGAAGGAAACAAGAAUCUGAAAUACCUCAUUCGUCAGCGAGACGAGUGCUUAACUUCUCUGCAAGACCUGGAGAAAGCAGUUUCUGAGACGGAUGCGGGCUGUGUCCGUGCCAAGCUGGGGGAAUGGCAGGUCUUGCCCAGGAAGAUCGUCCCUUUGCUAACGUCCUACAUCGAGGACUCGGAAAUAGCUUCCCAUGCGCUGAAGCUGAUGGUCCUUCUCACAAUGCGGGUAGGAGUCUACGGCCCCCCUCCUAGAGACCGCAUUAUGCUUCAAGAGCAAGAGCGCGAACAGCUUUCCCAUUUGCAGGACUACAAGGAGUCGUUCACGAACCCGACCAUCUUCAGCAUGAUCGUUCGACUGCUCGUAGGAGCUCUAGAUGGAGAGGAAAGCUCGCACCUCUUCAAGGAUGUCCUGUUCCUGCUGCGAAACCUGGUGUCUGUCCCGGAUCCAGGUCCGGGGGACACCGGCUACACGCCCCUCAGAGGAAGGAUGCAGAUGACGUUCAUUCGCAACUUUUUCGAAGAAGGCGUGCUGACCUUCUUGAUGAUCCUCGGCAAUGAACUUGUCCAACAGCAGCAAGAAGACACUCAGCAGGUUUGGGCGCUUGCCGACAUCCUUUAUCAUGUAUGCACCCACUUCGAUCCAGAUGAGUUGCUGACAAGCAACAAGGACCGAAGCAAACCAAAAAGCGACUUGGCCGACCUCUUGGCUCGGGACAAGGCAGACCAGAAGCUCAUGGGGCCGCCGUCUUCCAGGCACAGCCGCUUUGGAACGUCAAUGGCGACAAUGUCUCGUGACGGCUCCAUGCUGUUGUCGUCGUCCGUGCAGCACAACGGCAUCAUGCAGAAGAGCGGCGCGCUUCUAAAGAAAGAGUUCCGCAAUCCUGAAACGAGCGGGAAGAAGACCAACAUGUUCCACAGUCUGUUUUUCGUGGAUCUUUCUGAAGGGUCUGUUCGGGAGUACAACCAGGUCAAUCCACAUGUGCGGGGAGUUCUAGACGACCGCAUGUACCACCCGCUCAAGAUCCUCCAAGGUUAUCGUACCUUCUUCGAGAAGCUUUGCGCGACUUCCUUUAGUUCACUCGUGAGCAUCAUGCGGAGCAGCUGCAACGUCAAACCUCAAAGCCAACAAACAGAAGGGUCAGAAUUCGACAUGCCACACCUGCUGAACUUCGUUUGCUGGUUCCUGGAGUUCCACCGUGUCCAGCACGCAAUACAGGUUAAGGAAGCGGAGAAGACGAGCUCAACGCCCCCUGACAUGGACAUUGCAGUCAUCCAGGGGGCGAUUGAUCUGGAUAUGAUCCAGUUUACUACAGCUCGGCUUCGUGACUUCGGAAAGAACGCCCAAAUUCACUCUUCCUUCCUGGUCAUCACUCUCCGGGUGCUGGCAGCGCAAAUCCAGACGAUCAAGGUCAUGACCGGGUGCGAGGGCUCUGACACCCGAGACUGUGGAGACCUUUUGGUGACUCACGCCGUCAAGGAAGAUGUCUUGGGAAACCUGGCAUGGAUCAUGAAGAACUUCAACUCCGCGGUGCAUGAUCCUCGCAUUCUCUCCUACUCAGUGGAGGUCUGGCACAAUCUGACAAUGAUGAUGAAGACACGAGGUGGCGACAGGGGUGAAGAGGCUGAGUUCCAGGUUGAGCGGCUUCGUGGAGUGCAGAUGACGCGUUCCAGCACAUCGGUGGAGAAGGAGAUCACAGGCAUCGCUGACUCCAGAGUGGUGCAAAAUCUCUUCCACCUGUUGGAGAAGUACAAGCGACAUACACCGACACUCCAGUCCAUGCUCGUCAAGCUGAUCCACAGCAUCAUGGAUGCACAGCCCACGAACAUCGUCUUGUUUUUCGAGGUCUCCUACUUCCAGCGCAUUCAGAGAAUCAUGACGGACCCUCUGCUGAUCAGCACGAAGAAUGCAGAGAAGUACAAAGAGCUUCUGGGCUUGCUCCGCUUCAUCCUGCGCGAGUUUUUCAAGUGUGCCGAAACCAACAAGUGCGCCUUUGCGGAACUGUUCUUCCCCAAAAUACAGGAAAGCCAGAAGGAUCAAGUGGAGUCCUGCGCUGUUGACUUCGGUGCUAUAUUGACGAAUUACGAACAAGAAGCGUAUCGACGAAUCUUGGACAGGAUGGAUGCUGGAGAUACGCUGACAGCAAUGAAGAAGCAGCGUGCCGAUGUGAUGAAGGGACAGGGCUGGACGGAGGAGGAGGACGCCGUUUUGCGACGGUGCUACCCUGCGUAUGCAGAGCAUCCGCUUUGUGCAGAAGUCUUGGUCGCCGAGCUGCCAGAAGACACCAGCCGAACGGCUCAGCAGGUGCGUCGCCGCCUGAUUGAGCUGGGGCUGAUGCCAGCGAAAGGCGCUGGCCGGGGCUCCGCCGGCGAGGCUUCUAAAGACGAGCCAGCAGUAAAGAAGGCCAAGGUUGACGGUGAUGUGGACAAGCCAGACCCAGCUGCCACAGGCAAGCCAGCAAUGCAGGCCUCUUCCGGUAAAGGUGCAACGGCUGAGACCGAACAGGACGAGGAAAUGCUGGAAGAAGACUUGGAAAGGCUGCUGGAUGCAGCCUAUGACAGUUUGCCAACUGAGUUGGACGCGCCCACUGCAGCACCUGCGUCGGCGCGAACGACAACUGCGCCCACUGCCAUGGACAAGGCUGCGAGCACAGCUCCGACGGCCCGCGACGAGGCCUCAGCGAGCAUUGCUCCCACGGCCGACGAGGUAUCGAGCACUGCAGACGUCAAGGCAUCGGCUGCUGCGGCUGCUCCCACAGCCAUGGAUGAGGCAUCGACUGCUGCUCCCACGGCUGUGGGCGAGGCGGCGAGUGCGGCUGCGACGGUCAAAGACCAGGCAUCUGCUCCGCCCACCAUGUUAGACAAGGCUGAGACUGCAGACAGUGGAGCAGGAGCUGCGGAAGGCCAGCCGACGAUGCCGAUUCCUUCCCAAGAUGACAUGGAAUUGGAACUCGAACGCCUCAUGGAGGAGGAGAUGCCCGCAAGUGCCCCUGCGGUGGCAUCGCAAGGUGGGCAGACCGAUACCAUGAAUCAGCAAUCACAGGAUGACUUGGAGCUAGAUCUGGAGCGACUCAUGGAGGAUGAGAUAUCCCCAAGCGCCAAAGCAAGCGCCCCACAAGGCGGACAAGACGGCGGACAAGACGAGCCUGUUCAGCCGUCCCGGGAUGACUUGGAGUUGGAUUUGGAGAGACUCAUGGAGGAGGAGAUCUCUCCCAGCGCGACGGGAAAUCCUCCAGCAGGGCAGUCCGACACGGUGAAGCCGUCCCGAGAUGACUUGGAGUUGGAUCUCGAGAAGCAUCCGCUGCUUCGCGAGCAGGAGCGUAACAGGCUUUGCGCUUUGAAUCUCCGGCUGACUCAGCUUUCGAUCAAAAAGGCUGAGCUUGUGCUUGGGCAUGCGAUUCUCUGUUGGGAAGGGUGGGGACAACUCGAAGCGUUCACUGGUGCGCUGCUCGAUGCUCCAGAGGGCGUAGCCACGCUCGUGCCGAACCAGGCACUCGGUUGCAACUUUGCAGCCAUGAGUGCGUUGCAGAAAAUCGCUGAGAUCGAGGCUGAAAUGGCCAGAACUCAGAAAAACAAAGCGACAAAUGCCCACUUGGGCCUCCUCAAGGCCAAGCUUGCAAAGCUUCGGGCGACGAUCGUGUCCGAGGGCACGAAGGGAAGCGGGGGAGGCGGAGGACAGCAGGGCUUCGAGGUCUCCAAGACCGGAGAUGCUCGAGUUGGCCUCAUCGGCUUCCCAUCCGUUGGCAAGUCGACACUGCUAAACAAGAUGACAGGGAGCGCCAGCGAGGUUGCCUCCUAUGAGUUCACCACUCUGACCUGUGUCCCCGGCGUUUUCAACUACAAGGGCGCCAAGAUCCAGCUGUUGGAUCUGCCCGGGAUCAUCGAGGGAGCCAAGGAUGGCAAAGGCCGUGGGAAGCAGGUCAUUAGUGUGGCCUACAGCUGCAGCCUGAUUCUGAUAGUGUUGGAUGUCAUGAAGCCGAUCUUGCACAAGCGUAAGAUCGAAUAUGAGCUCGAGGGCUUCGGGAUUCGAUUAAACAAGAAGCCGCCGAACAUUCUGUUCAAAAAGAGGGAAAAAGGAGGAAUCGCGCUUAACGUGUCCCCGGGCUGUGUGCUGAAGGACUGCGAUGAGGAGAGCAUCAUGGGUGUCCUUCGAGAGUAUCGCAUCUCCAAUGCCCAAGUCUCGAUUAGAUGUGAUGCCACGAUGGACGACAUCAUUGACACGCUCGAGGGCAAUCGGAAGUACUGCCCUUGCAUCUAUGUCAUGAACAAGAUCGACCAGAUCACAAUCGAAGAGCUCGACAUCAUCGCUGAGGUGCCCCACCACGUGCCCAUUUGUGCGCACCAUGAGUGGAACCUGGACGGACUCGUCGAGAUGAUCUGGAGAUACAUGAGCCUGCUGAGGAUUUACACGAAACCUCGAGGACAGAUUCCAGAUUACACCGCUCCAGUAAUUCUUCCAGCGGAAAAGAACAGGAUUGAGGAUUUCUGCGUCCGGAUACACAAGUCUCUCCUAGCGCAGUUCAAAGUCGCACUCGUGUGGGGAAUGUCCGCGAGACAUAAUCCCCAAAGAUGUGGGAAAGACCACGAGCUGAUGGACGAGGACGUCGUGCAGAUCAUCAAGAAGGUUGGUUGA